AUGCCUCACAAACACACUAGAAGGGAACAAGAUCCCUCAGCAUUUGACCUCCCACCAUCACAGAUCGCGAGGCCGCUUCCCGUCCAACUGAGAAGUCGAAAAGCUCUAGCCAACAACGCGAAGAACGCCAAAAACGGAAAGAACCAAAAGACAGAGAACGAUGGCGUUUCCAAGAAGAGAAAAGGCCGCAGCAAAGACGACGAUGCUCCGAGAGCGUUCAAGCGGAUAAUGUCAUUGGCGGCGGGCAGGAGACAACGAUCUGGCCUAGACAAUGGCGAGACGCCAGCCCAAAAAAAGAAGGCCGCCAAGAAAGCUGCGGCAGCCGAGCAGAAUGAAGCAAAGAUCGAGGACAUCUCGAAGUCCGAGGUGCCCACCAUCCGGCCGGGUGAGAAGAUGUCCGAUUUCGCCGCCCGUGUCAAUGCAGCAUUACCUCUUGCGAACCUUGUCAACAAGACUGAGAGGGGUGGAAAGGAUCCACUUGGGCUCAAGACCGUCAGGACACGGAAGGAGAAGAAGAUGCACAAACUGUAUGACCAGUGGCGCGAGGAAGAGCGGAAGAUUCAGGAAAAGAAGGAAGAGGAGCUUGAAGAAAUUGCUGAACGCGAGCUAGACGAAGAGAUCAACAGCGGCACCUUUGGCAAUUUCGGUCAGACUUCCAAGGCUUUCUACGAACCGGGCCAGGAGAAGAAGAAGGGUAAAAAAGGCAAGAAGAACAAAGGUGCAGACCGCGAAGAAGACCCUUGGGCGGUGCUCAAGAAAAUGCGCGCGGAGGCUAAAGUAGGACUCCAUGAUGUCGCGCAGGCCCCGCCAGAGCUUCACAAGGCCGGCAGAGACAAGCUGUUGGUGCGUGGUGCAACUGUUGACGUCUCCAAUGUGCCAAAGUCUGCCGGUAGUUUGAGAAGACGUGAAGAGCUCCAAGAAACCAGAGAAGCAUUUCUCUCGGCGUACAGGAAACAGCAGGAGGAAAAGUUGGCUCGUCUUGCCGCUUCCAAAUCUUGA